UAUAUCAUUUAAAAAUUUCAUUGUUAUUACUUAAUCGCAGUCUACCUUAGUGUACUGGACGUAAACUUACCAAACAUUUAGGAUUUUACCAUAGAACAAAGUAAAAAUAAAUAAAUAAGAUUUGAAAACGUUUUUCAUUCACAUCCGGAUUUGGUACAGGGGUCUUGUCGUAGGGUCGAAAUCCACCGUGAGUGCGUCUGUCUCCCCUUGUUUGAAGAUGUAUGGUGCUAAUAUCGGAGUGCUCCUGCAGGUGCUGUGGGCCCAGCUCCUGUUGGGGUGGGUCCGGGGCUCCGAGCUUACUUUUGAACUCCCAGACAACGCCAAGCAGUGCUUCUACGAGGAAAUCACAAUCGGGACCAAGUGUACCCUGGAGUUCCAGGUUGUCACUGGCGGUCACUACGAUGUGGAUUGUCGACUUGAAGAUCCAGAGGGAAACGUCCUCUAUAAGGAAAUGAAGAAGCAGUAUGACAGCUUUACUUUCACUGCAGCAAGGAAUGGGUCUUAUAAAUUCUGUUUUAGCAAUGAGUUCUCCACCUUCACACACAAGACUGUCUACUUUGACUUCCAAGUUGGAGAAGAUCCUCCUCUGUUUCCCAAUGAGAACAGAGUUACUGCAUUGACUCAGAUGGAGUCUGCUUGCGUUUCAAUUCACGAAGCCUUGAAGUCUGUUAUCGACUAUCAGACCCACUUUCGCCUGAGGGAAGCUCAAGGACGUAGCCGUGCAGAGGACCUGAACACCAGAGUAGCUUUCUGGUCCAUUGGAGAAGCAGUUAUCCUUCUAAUUGUUAGCAUUGGCCAGGUGGUCCUCCUAAGGAGCUUUUUCUCAGACAGGAAAACCACCACAACCCGUGUUGGAUCCUAACAAAUUGCAUUACACAAUGCACUCUGUCCACAACCACACAACCACACAAGCACUGUUCAUAAAGUAGGUACCGAUGGACUUUCAACAAAUAAAAUGAAACAGGGUUCGGACCUUUUUGUAAAGCUUACCAUUGCUAUGGAUUUUUCUUUACAAUAAAUACUGCAUUUUGAAUUUAAAGAUUAUCACUGUGUAAACAACCUUUUAAGAUCAGAAAUAAGGUUAAAAAAACUCUAAUUACCUGAAAUAUGACACUUAAUUUUGUUUUAUGUGGACUGGACGGUUGACCUCUUCAUAUCAUUUUCUUUUACAUUUACUUGUAUGAAUAUAUUUGACUUCACAGUAGGUCCCUAAGAUUAAAUGUCUUUAUUUGAACCCUAAGGAUCUGGCUGUAUGAUUUUAAUAACCCUGACUUGUCAUUAAUUCAAUGAUGUGCAUUCUGAAGUUAUAGUUGGUUCAUUACAUCACAGAAGAAAACAACUCUUUGUUUAAAAGUGGUCUGUAUAUCUAGUUGAAUUAAAACGUCCAAUAUCAACUGUAUGCGGCUCUUUCUAGCAAUACAUAUUGUGGAGGUGACUCUCUCAGAUUUGACAAUAACCAUCCAAGCCUUUUACACAAGACUGAAGCUAAUUUCUUCAUGUCUAAAAAAAGUUAAUAGUUUAUUUGAGCAUUUAUGAAUACAAGUUGAAUGCUAGCAUCAGUCUUUGACUAUGAACAUGUGAUUUUAUUUCUUUUAAGGUGUGUUUUGGACAGAAACAGUGUAGAUGUGAUUUAAUUUUAUUAUGUAGGAAUAACUGCGGGGGGAAACGACAUAUUUUCAAGGAGUCUAAGUGGUCAAGGUAGAAAUUCAGAUGUGUAUAUAUUGGAGGAAUGAUAGGAUAUGGGUUUGUUACAUCAGAGACCAAAGGCACCUGACAAAGGCAAAGCCAAAAGUGUGCACUAGAUGUACAUGUGACGUGUAUACACAACAUACUCUUAAGAUAUGUAAUUAUUGAAACACAUCAUUACAGCUUAUAUCUGUUAACCACCUCCUCUUUGUACAGAUAGGGUUGGCAAAAGGAAUGUUAUUUCCACCUAAAUGUUUGCUCCAUAUUUUUCGCUUUUACUAAAACAUAAGAAAUUGGGCCUAUAAUAUAUGCAUUUCUAAUCUUUAAUUAGAAAAAAAAAAAAAAACUUUCAGAUUACCAAAUUGAUUAAUGGUCAUAAAAUAUCUGAGCAAAGACAAAUGGGUUGUUAAUUUUAAUAGUAUGGACUUUCAAGAAAUGUGUGUGGCAGAGCUAACCACUAGCUUACAAAAAGAGUUGAAACACAUCCUUUCCACCAUAAAGACAAGAUUUAUGUAACAUUUUGUACAUUUUUUGAUAUUUUGCUUUUAAGGUUAUUUCAUUCCUAACAAGGAAUUGAGCAGCAGUACAAAUAGUUUCUUCUUAAAAUACAUUUGAGAGUGACUCAAGUAUCAUGAAGAAACUGACAAUUUGGAUGGCCAUAUACAACCUGUCAGUAAAUCUUAAACCCUGCUAUGUGCACCUCAUUGCAAAAAUAAGAAAGUUAGCAUUGCCUUAUUUAUGUGACACAUAUCUCUUAUUCCUUAAAGGGUUAGUGUUGCUGCCCGCUUGACUUUACAGCAAAAACAUGCAUUGGCCCUUUUGGAAUGAAGGAAGUGAUUUACUGAAUUUGCUUGAGUGAAUUCAAAUUGGAUGUGUGUGUGUGUGUGUGUGUGUAUAUAUUUAGGUUUGUCAUUUUUUACUGUAGGGCUGUGGGUUUAUCAGAUUACAGUACUUAAUGUGGGUAUAUUCAGAUGAUCUAAAUGGCAACGACUCCAAAUUCUGCCUACAUUUAAAUAAUUCAAUUAUAAAUGCCUUUUAUUUACUACGACAUGUGGGAUGUUGUGUUUUCAUAACCUUAGACCUUUUAUUAAUUGUUUAAUAAUGCCUAUAUUUAGAUCCGCCCUAUGUAGAUCAAAUGAAUAGCCUGUGAGCAAGGAUCAUUUUACACCUUUUGAACUUCUAUUUACAUUUUAACCUCUGAUUUUACAUGCAUCAAUUUUGAAUUUCUAAGGAUUAUCUAGACGUGUUGCCCAAGGCUUGCUAAAUAUUCCUGUAACAUUACUGGAAAGACUGUAUUGAAUAAGGUUUGUACAUGUCAUUUUGUCUACUGUACCUAAUAGUUAAUUUCUGAUCUCCAAACCCCUGUUUAUUUUGUUUGUUUUAUUUUUUAGAAUGUUGUAAAAUGUUUGGAUGACAGAAUGAGCAGACCCUGUGAAUAAAUAUUUUAAAAGUAA